AUGACUAAUUCACAAAUAUAUUCUGCAACAUAUUCUAAUGUUCCAGUAUUUGAAUUCGUAACCCCCGAGGGGCCGAUAAUGAGAAGGAAACAAGAUUCAUGGAUAAAUGCCACUCAUAUAUUAAAAAUUGCUAAAUUUCCAAAGGCAAAACGUACAAGAAUAUUAGAAAAAGAUGUUCAAACUGGAACUCAUGAAAAAGUUCAAGGAGGUUAUGGAAAAUAUCAAGGAACUUAUGUACCAUUAGAUUUAGGAUCAGAAAUUGCAAAGAAUUUUGGAGUUUUUGAAAUUUUAAAGCCGAUUUUUGAAUUUAAAUAUAUUGAAGGUAAAUCAGAAACUCCACCUCCAGCUCCAAAACAUAAUCAUGCUUCUGCUUUAAAUAUAGCGAAACGUCAAGCUAAUCCAUCAUCUUCUAAUAGUUCAAAAUCAUCUACAUCAACUACUGUAAAAAGAACAAGAAAUGCAACUCCUAAUGUAACAGUAUUACCAGGUGAACCUGCUAAAAAAAGAGGUCGUCCAAAACGAGUAUCAUUAUCUUCAAAACCAAGUUUAAAACAUUCAGAUACAACUCCAAUAGAACCAGGACCAAAUGUAGGAACGUUUAAUACUAAUUCAAAAGUUUCAUUUACAGUACCUGCUCCAGCAUCUUUAUCAAGACAAGAUACUGAACAAGAUGCUUUACAAAUAAUGAGUAGUAAUAUGAAUCUUAAACAUGAAGAUUUGGAAUUAGUUGAAAGUGAUGAUGAUGAUGAAGAUGAAGAUGAUGAAGAUGCUCAACAUGGACUUCAUCAUCGUCGUAAUGGAUUACUUAAUGGAGAUAAUGAACCGUUAAGAAUAGAUUCUCAAAUGGGAGAUGAUUUACUUGGUAGUAAAGAAUUAUUUGGAACAUCAAGAGAUUCAUUUGAAAGAGUUCAUCAUAACUAUAAUAAUAAUCAUAAUAAUGGUAAUCAUAAUUCACGUAUUAAUGGUCAUCAAGAUUCAUAUAAUUUUUCACAAUAUCAUACUCAUACUCCAGGAAUAUCUGCUAGUCAACAACCAGUUAAUACCUAUGAUCUGGUAUACAUAGAAUAUUUUUCUGAGUUGUUAUCUUAUUUUACAGAUGAUUCUAAGAUACGAUCUAAUGUAAUUCCAAAUAAGAUUCUUAAUCCUCCUACUCCUUAUUCUAAAAUUAAUAUUAAUCAACCAAUAGAUAACGAGGGAAAUACAUUAUUUCAUUGGGCUUGUUCUAUGGCAAAUAUUCAAAUGAUUGAAUUCUUAAAAGGAACGUUUGGUAUUAGUUCAGAAAUUAGAAAUAGACAAGGUGAAACUCCAUUAAUGUUUUUAGUUAAAUUUGUUAAUUCUUAUCAAUUAAAGAAUUUCCCAUCUAUAUUACAAAUAUUAUUGGAAUCAAUUUUAUUGGUUGAUAAUUCUAAUAAAACUGUAUUACAUCAUAUUUGUUCUAUAGAAAAUGAUAAAAAACAUAAAGAAAGAUUUGCAAGAUAUUAUAUGGAAUCAUUAUUUGAUAAAAUUAUAGAAGCAUCUGAUGAUGGAGAAGGAGAAGAUAAUAGUAAUGAUAAUAUAGCAAUUGAUAAGAAAGAUGUUAUAUCAAAAUUUAUAAAUCAUCAAGAUUCUGAUGGUAAUACAGCCUUUCAUAUUGCUGCCUAUAAUUUGAAUAAAAAAUGUAUUAAAGUAUUCAUAAGUUAUCAUAAAUAUAUUGAUUUUUCUUUAAAAAAUCUUGUUUCUUAUACUGUGGAAGAUUAUUUGGCUGCUCAUAAUUAUGUAUUAAAAUUAGAUGUUGAAGAAAAUGAAGAUGAACAAGGUAAUUUACAAGUUGAUAAUGAUGAUUUAGGAGGAGCUAUAAGUUCUCAAAGUUUUGAAAGUCAAUUAUAUUAUUCAAAAAUGGCUAUAAGUUUACAAAAUACUACUUCAAACAUAAUAACAGAAAAAUUAACUGAAUUAGCCUAUACCAUUGAUAAGGAAUUAAAUGAAACUGAUCAAUCAAUUUUAAGUCUCUUUAAAGUAUUAAAGACUCUUAAUGAGGAAAAAUUAGAGAGUCAAAAAGUAAUAUUAUCUAUAUUUAAAUUAGAUUAUUUACUUGAUGAAGAUGAAUCACGAGUAGAUAAUUCUCAAGAAUUUUCUAUUGAUCAUAAAAAGGAUCAAAUUAUUCAAGAUGAAAUUCAUAGAUUAGUUAAUGAUUUAAGUUAUUCAUAUCUACAAAAACGAGAAAGCUUUGAAAAGUUAUUGAAGAUUUACCAACAAAAUAUAUUCAAUACGGCAUUGGCAUUAUCGGAAGAGAUCAUUAAGAAAAAGGAUUUAAUAGACAAGAUUAGUCAGCUAGAGGCUGAUUUCCCAUUAAACCAAACUGAUAAAGAAAAUAAUACUUCGACUGAUUCAUCUAUUAACAGUAUAGAUAAUUCACUUGUAAAGAAGUAUGCUCUAUUAAUUUCCAAAUGUGCUGGACUUAAUCAAUCAGACGUCGAAAAGAACAUUGAUGAGAUUGAGAAGUCUCUAAUGAAAUCUAAAUGAGAGUCUAUAUUACUCUAUAUUACGAACUGUAUAAUUCUAAAUAAAUUUAAUAUGUACGAGAUACCGUAAAAUAUAUACUAUAACAAUAGCCCUGCCCCU